AUGCCUCGCCAACAAAUCAAUUUAGAACCCUACCGGGAUGAUAUCAUUGCUCUGUACCACCAUGGCAUCAGUAGCGACUCGAUCAGCCGCACCCUCGAAAGUUGUCAUAAUAUCCAGGUCAAGGAGCGAACCAUCCAGUCCCGCCUUCGCAAGUGGGGCAUCCGCAAGCGACACCGGACGACGACAGGCGACGAGGCUUUACAUGCGCGCAUUAAGAUGCUUUUCAUACAGGAUAGGCUGACCGACAAGGCCAUGCUCAACAUGCUGCAGAAAGAAGGUUACGGUAUCUCCGAACGCACUUUGCGCCGUCUGCGGUUUAAGUUAGGACUCCAUGCCAGGGCUUCGGAGCAGCACCAGGAACAGGAACAGCAGCAAAUGCAGAAGCAGAUGAUUAUUCCACUGCCUCAGCAGAGGGACAACCAGUGUGAAUCUGACCGGCUGGAACUCAAGCUUGAUCUUCCGCUGGUUUCCAUCAAGCAAUACCCCAUGCGCGACACAUCAUGA